CGGGCGCGGGCGUGGCGCGACCCAGGUUGGCGCUUGGGGGCCGGUUGCCAGGGCCCGGUUGCCAGGCGAGUCGUGCCGGGUGGAGGCGGCCCAGGCCUAACCCACCGGAGCGCACUGGGGCCCGCAGGCCGCACCGCGGGGAUCGGCGGCGGAGAGGGGCCCGGAGCGGCCGUGCUGAGACAGAGAAGGGGUCGAGCCCCGAGACAGGCCCAGGCGUGGAGCCUGGAGGCGGCGGGACAUGGCAGCGGCCGUCGUCACCAAGACGGCCUGGAAGCUGCAAGAGAUCGUGGCUCACAGCAGCAACGUGUCCUCGUUAGUCCUGGGGAAGAGCUCGGGCCGGCUGCUGGCAACUGGAGGAGAUGACUGUCGGGUCAACGUGUGGUCAGUUAACAAGCCCAACUGCGUCAUGAGCUUGACAGGCCACACAACACCCAUUGAGAGCCUACAGAUCAGUGCCAACGAGGAGCUCAUUGUUGCAGGGUCCCAGUCAGGGUCCAUUCGAGUCUGGGACCUGGAAGCUGCCAAAAUUCUCCGUACAUUGCUUGGUCACAAAGCAAACAUCUGCAGCCUUGACUUCCAUCCUUACGGAAGUUUUGUGGCAUCUGGCUCUUUAGAUACAGACAUUAAGCUCUGGGAUGUACGAAGGAAAGGCUGCAUCUUCAAAUAUAAGAGUCACACACAAGCAGUGAGAUGCCUUCGAUUUAGUCCUGAUGGCAAGUGGUUAGCCUCUGCUGCUGAUGAUCACACUGUAAAGCUGUGGGAUCUGACUGCUGGGAAGGUAAUGUUCGAGUUUACAGGGCAUUCUGGCCCAGUCAAUGUUGUUGAAUUCCAUCCCAGUGAAUACCUUUUGGCUUCCGGCAGCUCUGACAGGACCAUUCGUUUCUGGGACUUGGAGAAGUUUCACGUUGUGAGCUGUAUUGAAGAGGAGGCUACUCCAGUCAGGUGUGUUCUUUUCAACCCGGAUGGCUGCUGCUUGUAUGGAGGCUUCCAGGAUUCUCUGCGUGUGUACGGCUGGGAGCCAGAGCGUUGUUUUGAUGUGGUCUUGGUGAACUGGGGAAAAGUAGCUGAUUUAUGUAUCUGCAACAACCAGCUGAUAGGAGUUUCCUUUGCACAAAGCACGGUCUCUUCCUUUGUUGUGGAUCUCAGUAGAGUGACAAGGUCAGGUUUGGUUCCUCAUGGGCUGCUCAGGAGCAACGAACCUCUGGCUCAGCCCACCCCCACAGGGUCCUCCCUUCGUCGCAGCUAUGACAGACCCUCAACUAGCUGCAGCAAACCUCAGAGCAGGGUAAAGCGCAGUUCAGAGAGCGAGAGGCGCAGUCCCAGCAGUGAUGAGGACCGGGAUGAGAAGGAAUCCAAGGCUGAGAUCCAGAAUCCAGAGGAUUACAAAGAGAUCUUCCAGCCCAAGAAUGUCAUCUCUCGAACUCCUCCUCAUACCAAUGAGCCCUUUCCAGCCCCCCCAGAGGAUGAGCCGGUAACUGCAAAGGAAGCAGUGAAGCCUAUCCAACCUGUGGAAGUCCAGACCCCGAUGCCAAAGCAAGAGCUUCCUGAGUCAUUUCAGAGGCCACCAAUUGCUUCCUCAACUCCUAUGCCCAGGGCAGAGCCAUCAGUUAUUCCUGCAGCCAGAAACGAGCCCAUUGGCCUGAAAGCUUCUGACUUCCUACCGGCUCUCAAAAACCAAAGCCAGGCUGAGCUCGUGGAUGAAGAAAUCAUGUCCCAAAUCAGGAAAGGCCACAAGACUGUGUGCAUGGUGCUCACCAGCCGCCACAAGAAUCUGGACACUGUGCGGGCCGUGUGGAGCACCAGUGACAUCAAGAACUCCGUGGACUCUGCUGUAGCAACCAAUGACCUGUCUGUUGUUGUGGACCUCUUGAACAUUGUCAACCAAACAGCGUCACUCUGGAAGUUGGAUUUAUGCACUGUAGUUCUGCCUCAAAUAGAAAAACUUCUCCAAAGUAAAUAUGAAAGCUAUGUGCAAACGGGCUGCACCUCCUUGAAACUCAUUCUGCAGAGAUUCCUGCCCCUGAUCACGGACAUACUUGCUGCGCCACCUUCUGUAGGAGUGGACAUCUCUAGAGAGGAGAGGCUCCAUAAAUGCAAACUGUGCUACAAGCAACUGAAAAACAUCAGUAAUAUUGUGAAGAACAGGUCUGGGCUCAGCGGCCGCCAUGGUAGUGCCUUCAGAGAGCUGCAUCUCCUCAUGACUGUGCUGGAGUGACAGCUGCUACCACCACAUGCGCCAACACGGGUGGCCAAACUCCCCUCUGUGCUCGGUCUGGCUGGGUUGCACUUCUCUGCGUGUUCAUCCUUCCCCACGGCACAAGAGGGAAUAUGGAUCUGUGUGGCCGGCCGCCUGUCCAGAAGCAGUGCCUGGAGGGGCAGGUGGAAGACUGGAGUGGAGCGAUGCGAGGGGACCUGGCUGCAAAACGUCCCUGUUGUGGAGCAGCUUCGUUUCAGCUCUUCACCUCGCCGUCAAGCGCAGUGUCUGUGUGCUGACCUCCAGACCUGCUGCCACUUCUCCUUCACCCAUGUGUGUUGUUGGUUCUUUGCCACUUGGCUCUGGCGGCCAGGCUCCUUGCGCAGCACGCCGAGGACUGCAGCUUCUUCCCCAGUAGAACCAGCUGGGGGAUGAAGAGCCCUGGCCCUGCAGGAAGGACUUACCCUCCUCCCCAGGCAGGUGGGACCGGCCCCUUUAGCUUGCUGCAAAACACGUGAGCCAGGACACUGCUGCUGCACGUGGUGUAGCCACAAGGGCCAGUAAUGGCGAGGGGAAGUUGUCCUCCAGCUUCUCUGCAUCCCUGCAGGUAACCCUGCGCCACAGAAGAUGGACUUGAGGUCCGCCUGGAUCUGUUGACAUACAUGACUUGGUUAGGACUUGUCAUACAUGUUUGCCUUUGGGGAUGAUGGUGGAGGAGCAGAGGGACACGGACCGAUGUCUCUGCAUCCACUGCACCGCUCAACGGGACUCCCUUUUUCCUAAUAAAUGGCUGUCAGAACCUUCUGCCCCUCUUUCUUCUUUCCUGUGGGGAGAGAGGUUCCUGCUGGUGUUUCCCGCUGCUCCUCCAGCCCCGUCUCCUCAUUUUAUACACUGGAGCUGCUCUCUAGGAAAUGUAACUUAUCACAAAUUGUAUUAAAACAUUUGUAAGUCUUUUGUUUUUAA